AUGGACAACACGCAGGCAGGGGACGAGCCAGAGGCAGAGCAGGACGAAGCCCCUCUGCUUGCUCAGCAGCCCUCCUCCCGCACAGGGCUCUGCUCCGCUCGCUGUGGCCUGGCCCUGGUCCUGCACGUCUCUCUCUUCGUGGCAUACGCGCUCCGGGUCAGCCUUAGCAUCGCCAUCGUCGCCAUGACUAACGGCAGCCAUCCCCACAGCUGGUCCGGCAGCGCUCCCCACGGCUCCUACCCAGGAUUUGCUCAGGACGCCCCCGUGUACAACUGGAGCGCUGAGACUCAAGGAAUCAUCCUCAGCUCCUUCUUCUACGGCUACGGCCUCACGCAGGCGCUGGGCGGGUACUGCUCGGGGCUGUUCGGGGGGAAACCCGUCCUGGGCAGUGGGCUCCUGCUCUCCUCCGUGCUCACGCUCCUCGUGCCCCGAGCAGCAGAGCUCGGCAUGAGCUUCCUCAUCGGGCUGCAGGUGCUGCUGGGCUUGGCUGAGGGAGUGAUAUUUCCAGCUCAGUACACGCUCUGGGCAAAAUGGGCCCCUCCGCUGGAACGCAGCAGGCUCAUGAACAUCGCUGAUGCUGGAUGUACUUUUGGGACUUUCUUUGCUCUCCUUGUGGCUGGGAUCAUCUGCCAGAGUCUGGGGUGGCCUUUUGUCUUCUACAUUUUUGGUGGCGUUGGCUGUGCCUGGUGCCUCUGCUGGUUCCUCCUCGUGUACGAGGACCCUGCACAUCACCCAUGGAUUAAUGCCGGGGAGCAGGAGUACAUCGUGUCGUUGCUGGCUCACCAGGGCAGCUCUCAUGGCUGCUCCCUCCCACUCGUGGCCAUGGCUAAAUCACUGCCUCUUUGGGCGAUCACCAUUGCCUGCUUCUGCACAGACUGGCUGUUCUACAUGCUGCUGACCUCCAUGCCCAUGUUCAUGAGCAACGUCCUCCACUUUGACCUCAGAGAGAAUGGGCUCCUCUCCUCCCUGCCUUACAUUGGGAAUGGACUGGGGCACAUCCUGGCUGGGCUGCUGGCUGAUUUCCUCCUGGCCAGGCGAGUGCUUGGCACAGCAGCCAUCAGGAAGCUCUUCUCAGCACUCGGGAUGCUGCUCCCAGCUGUCUUCCUGGUGGCUGUGCCUUACCUUGGCUGCAGUUCCACGGUUGUUGUGGUCCUUCUAACGCUGGCCUUGACAAUAAUCAGCAUGACGGGGGCAGGCAUCAAUAUUAACCACAUCGAUAUAGCGCCCAGAUAUGCAGGGUUCCUGCUGGGAAUCACAAAUACCUUUGGCAUAGUCGCGGGAAUUAUUGCUCCUACCGCAGUUGGACUUCUCGUCAGCCAGGAUCUCCAGACUGGCUGGAGGAAUGCCUUCUUCGUAUCUGCAGCCCUCAAUCUGUUUGGCCUGAUCUUCUACAUAGCCUUUGGCAGCGGGACCAUCCAAGACUGGGCUAGGGAGGAGACUGCUGUGCAAUGA